ACAGCGAAAAUCUUUCCUCCCAAGCAGACGAGGACUCGAGGCUACGUUUUCAGUUUCGUUAAAGGCAUUUAGUCAUCGAUCUAUUAUGAUUCCUCUAUGCAAAGUAUUCUGGCAUGAUGAAGAAUGAAUUCUAAAGAGGGAUGCUGCGGACUCAGAACGCCGUGGGGAAAUAACUGAAGUGAACCAGCGGAAAGAAUCGAAUGGCUUCUGUAGAGCUGCUUUAUAUAGAUAAGGGAGGAAGAGGCAGACAACCCGAUCCUCCCCGCGUCCUUGACUGGGCUUCCAAUCCGGUUCAUGUUCGUAAAGCGAGCAGUUCAGCCGGAGGGGCGCUCUCUAUCUCAGCUCCGGGCUGCAAAGGACUGUGUAAUUCAGCACCAAGGACGGUUCCCCUUAACGGACGUCCGCAUUUUAAACACGGUCACCCUGCGGUGGAGAAAGUCAGAGUGUGCUGCGACGAGGAAUCAGAGACAUCUUUCACCUAUGUCGACGAGAAUGUGAAUUUGCGCCUGCCAAGCCCUGGGAAAAGUGGGGAAAGUAUCCACAAAUCCUGGUGUAGGCCUAAUGACUGUGCGAGCGACAUUCGGCCCGAGGGGUUGCAUGAGCUCUCCCUAAUGUCAGAUGAUGAUCUCGCAUCAGAAAGUUCGGGGGCAUCUGUAGAUUACGGUUUUAUAAGCGCGGUCACUUUCCUAGUCACUGGGAUCUCGUUAGUGAUUAUAUCCUAUGCAGUCCCUCGCGAGGUCAAAGUGGACCCGGAGAGCGUGUCCGCGAGGGAGAUGGAGAGGCUGGAAAUCGAAAGUGCCAGGGUAGGGGCACACCUGGAUAGGUGCGUGAUAGCAGGGCUUUGUCUACUGACGCUGGGCGGGGUAGUGCUGUCCACUCUGCUAAUGAUAUCUAUGUGGCAGGGAGAGAUGUACAGGAGAAAGGCCUUUGCAUAUUCCAAGCACUCAGCGAAACUAUAUGGCUCCAUCAUUUUAAAAACGAGGUCUAGCCCUAGUCGAUCGUCCGCACACCUGUCUAUGAAGGAAGAGAUAGACGAGACCUUGAAUUAAAAUGAUAUCCGGUUGACAAAAUACUUUGUCUUGUGUUACUAAGCCAGGCCAACACAAUAAUGCAUGAUGUAGGUUCCCCAGACCCAAAGCGUGCAACCGGAACACAUCAGUCGGUCUACCUACAGGACAUUAGCAUAACUGUUAAAAUGAUCAUUUGUUUUAAUAUCCAAGAUUAUGAAGUAUACAUUGUCUUACAGUAUCAUCUCCAUAUCAUUUAAUGGACGUGCAAGGUAUAGGCCUAUUUAAGCAGAAUGAAUAAGCAUGACAACAAAAAUAAAAUAAAAUAAAAGACAUGACUUUUUUUUUUACUUGUUUUUGGAAAUGGAAAAUGCUGGGUCAAAUUUUUUCAUAAAUGCAAUCUCUGAGAGGUUUCAUUUAUUAUUAAGGUGAUCCAUUUUUUAUGUGAAAGUGCCCGACAGUCAGUAAUGUGAUGUACACAUGCAUUUUAGAGGGAAAAGUGUCUGUCCCAUGAGUUUAGAAAGUGAGAUGUAUUAGCCUAGUCUAGUGCACUAUAUCAAAUCUGAUAUGUCAAAAUCAGCUCAGUGGUGCACAUGCUAACAUCCAAUGGCCUUUUUUACUUCCUCAAUGCAGGUGAGCCUAAUUCUCACUGUGGUUUCUCACUGUGUGUGUGUGUGUGUGUGUAUCUGUGUGUGUACGGAGGGGGGCCACAUAAUCACACAUGAAAGACUUGCCCCAGUUUAUAAAGCUGUCCUGCCCUGUAUUGUACUGCACUGUAAUGUACUGCACUGUAUUGUACUGCACUGUGUUGCACUGUACACAUCAAAUAACCUACUUCUAAUGUACUGUACCUGCAGUAUAUGCAAUUAUCAUACUUGAAUGAUCACGCAACACGAGAACUCACUGGAUCACAAUAUAACAAUGUAAUUAAUCUUUAAGAGAAAUAGGCUUUUAUUUAUAGGCUAGGCCUACGCUACCAAUGUUUUUAUUAUAGGCUGCUAAUGGACGUGCAUCCUACGACACUCUAAACCGUAUUGUAUUCCCCCGAGGAGUCUCAGAUAUGCUUUUAAAAUGUUACUGGAAAAGGGAUCUGUUUCUUUUAACAAACCAGAAACGAUGGGUGCAACAAAAACAGGAAAUGUUGGUUGAGAAUGACUUUCUCCAUGGUGAAGUGAGACACAUCACCACUGUCAUUUGCGACCGUCUCUGUGUUGUCGGCCUACUACUGUAGCCUUUGAGUCAAGAGGUGUCAAAGGGGACUUGUUACCUUGAAAAUGGUUCCAUGAUUUCAAUUCUUCAAAAGCCUUUAUUCACAAUCACAAGUGCUUGCCUCGAGGGGAAAUAUGCGUGUUGGAUAUCACUAGAAACAGCUCAUUCAUGUUGUCAUUUUGUGGGGCAAAUUCAUGUUGUCAUUUUGUGGGGCAAAUUCAUGUUGUUGGCUAUUAAUUAUACUCGUCAUGUGUUUUCCACUCUACUGUUCGAUCAUGAAUAUACGGUAAUGGAAUAAAAUAUACACCCCAAGAAUUACA